UCUCUUGCUUAAGCUUUGUCAGAUACAUUUUUUAAUGUUUUUGACCGUUUAUUGUCAUUUUUUAUAAGAUGAAAAGAAAACAUGCAAUAAUACACAGCGUUUCGUAUUCGAUACACAUUACUGCCUGCGUAAUCGACCACACUGAGUCUCGUGGCAAUAUUUGUUGUUAGAAAAAUUUUAAAAUUCUACCGAAAAGCGAGUUUUACGAAAAUUAGAGUUUUCAGGCUGUUUUCACCUAAUAUUAAAAAAUUCACUAUUCACUCAAAAAGCAUCAGAACGAGUUCAAAACCUCAGGAUAUGAUUAAUGUUGUCCGCUAAACGUGAUUAUACGAUCGACAAAAUCGAAAAAGCAUAAUUUUGUUAAUAGGCUUUCUAGAAACCCUUUCGGAAGCCUUAGGGUUUUGAAAAAUUUCUGUGGAGAUUUCCUUUAAAUAGGAUUUAGAAUAGGGUAAAUACUCUAUAUCCUGCGGUUUUGAACUCGUUCUGAUGUUUUUUGAGUGAAUAGUAAUUUUUUUAAUAUUAGGUGAAAACAGCCUGAAAACUCUAAUUUUCGUAAAACUCACUUUUCGGUAGAAUUUUAUAAUUUUUCUAACAACAAAUAUUGCCACGAGACUCAGUGUGGUCGAUUACGCACAGUUCAUCCGUCUUCAAGGCUACCAAUCGUCACCGGGUGCCAGUCCUGGGACUCGUAGGAAAUCCGAUACAAGGCCCGAACCGCGGAAAACCAAGGUCUCACUUGACUCUCAAUUUGAAGAGGACACCCCGGGCUAUCAGUCCAUGAAAAGAAAUCAAUACAAUCCUAUUGGAAAAUUUUUACACACGGUCUAGUUUUCCAAAGAUCUCCUAGAAAACCUAUUUCAGAAAAAUCUUCUUGGAAAAAUUUUGGUUAUGAAAACAUGUCCCCAAGUCUUCUCUUUCGAAUGGUGAAAAUCGGAGCUCUCUGGCUCUUUUCGGUCAAAAGUUAUUCAAAAAGCAGUCAUAUACCGUUCUUUUUUUGGAUGGACAAUAGUUACGAUUUUCUUUAGUUUUUCUGCUUUGUCCACAAAAUAGUAUAAAGAAAUAUGUCGGUCAGAACUGUUAUCACUUUUGUUCGCGUUGUGAAUAGGAGUAUCUAUUUUAUAGACUCUUUAUUCUUAUUGUCAUGUUUCAACGUCAAAGACGUAUUCAUCAGACAAAAUAGAAUCUGCAAAAAAAGGCGGAAAUAACGUGCUCAUCAGUUACCAUUUUCGUCGUCAGCACAUUCACCGAUAUAUAGUCUAGCUAAUUAUACUUUUGUUCAUUUUGUUCUAUUUUGUCUCACGAACACGUCACUGUCAUAUACAUUCGUUGAACAUACGCAUUUGUUAAAAUGAUUGAUCCCGGUUGUAGACCGGUUUUUACCGAUUUAUAAACAAUUUCUAAUCGGUCGUUAACGGCCGGUUCCAACUCUGAUACUAGAAAACCAAAAGAUCCAUCUGCUAUACAUUCUAUUUAUUAAUGUUUUUUUUAUUGUAGAUGUAUAAUAAUUUAGAUAUGUUAGAAGAUAUUAAUAUUUAUAGAAAAUCUUACAAAACUCAUAGCAUAAUCAGUACCGAACAAAAAUAUAAACUUGUAAUAUUUCCAAGUGACAGUACAUUUUCUAUUGUUAAUAAUAAACAAUGUUCAAAUUUAGAACAUGAUGGAUUAAUUAUUGUACAGAGUGGCAGUAAAAAGUAUCCGGCAAUGGUUUUCAAAGAAGGUACAAUGUCUGAAUUACAUGAAGCACAAAAAUUAUUAGGAAAAGCUAUGAAUACAGAUAUUGAGUCUGAUUAUGAUCCAGAACAAGAAAAUAUAAUGAAAACAAAAACAACAACAAUUGUUAAACCACAAUCUAAAGAACCAACAAUUACAAGUUUAUUAGAUAUUCCAUUUGGGGGUUUGAGUGCUGGUGAUAAUCUUCGUUAUUUAAAACAAACAAUUAAUAAUUAUGAUAGUGAUGAUUGUGAAGAUUUAAGACCAUCACCACAACGACAACAUAGCAAAUGUACAAAAACAACAAAUACAAAAUCUAAACGUCAAUGUACAUCAUCAUCAAAAAAGUCUACCUCACCAAAUACAACCAUAUCAACUCCAUCUAUUUUUUUGGUUGAUACACAACAAUUAGAAUAUGAUGAUAGUGAUUAUGAAAAUAAACUACCACCACGAAAACCAUCAAAUCAAAUCAUGAAUCAAACAACACCAUCUUCAUCAUCAAUAUCAAUUCUUCAAACAUCAAAACCAUUAACUGGUAGAAAAAUUCUUGGUACAAAUGAUGAUAAUUAUGAUGAUAAUGAACAACCAUCACAAAAAGAACUCGUAUGUUUAUUAAAACAAUCAUUGUUAAGUAAUACAAAAAUCGAAGAAAAAUAUUUAAAACAAAUAUUAAUCGGACAAGAAAGACAAGAAAAUAUGAUUAAAAUGUUAUUUGAAAAUCAAAAAAAAUACAAAAAGCAUUAUGCAAAAAAAAGGUAAUAAGAGUCACUUUCUAAGAAAGCUAAACAGACGUUCGGGUAAAAAGUCUCAGUUAGGGCUGAUUUCUUCUUAUCGUGUACAGCGUAAUUAAGAAUAACCUAGAAAAUAUUACGGUCUGAAACCUUUUCUCGUAAGUUACGAGGGAUACAAGUUUCAAAGGUGAUCCGGAGUGAAAAUUUAAAAACGUUUUCUAGUAAAAUCAUGCACAAAUUAACGGUGUAUUUUUACAUACUACCACUGUUAAAGACUGGCUGUUACGGAACGUUCUUUUUACAUAAUAUUACAUGCUUUUUAUAUUUAUUUAUUUCCAUUUAGAUAUAUUACUACGAGAAAAUAUGCAAAAAUGUUGUUUCUUUCGUUCCUGUUAUUGACUAAUUAGUACUAGUUAAGAUUAAUUUAGCCUACUCUACUAGCUAUAAAGCUCUAAAGUCCCAUUUGUAAAAUAACGACUCAACAAAAGAAUUGAAGCAAUACCUAAUCUGAUAGAGAAUUUCACUGGCUACAAGACAGGCUACCUUUAAGUCGGUUUUUAUUCCACUGAAAAUCUCAACAUAAUUUUUGUUUCGAGAAAAUAUAGCAAGGUACCAAAUUCACUAGUGUUAACGUACAAAAAAAGAAGUAUAGAAAACUGAUAUCUCUAAUGAUCUUCUGCACAAUAUUCAAGAAGUAUCACGUUUAGCUAUCAGUGAUUUGUGAAAAAACUUCAUGUGCUCAUAAAGCAUGAUAAAUUCUUUAGUGGAGAAAGAAACCAGACCUACUCAGCAGCCAAAAAUGAAUUCAAACAAAUAAAACUUCUAAGGUAGCCUAUCUUGUAGCCUGUGAAACUUUCUAUCAGAUGGGAUAUUGCUUAAAUUUAUUUGUUGGGUCGUUAUUUUACAAAUGCGGCUUUAAGCUAGUAGAGUAGGCUAAAUUAACCUUAACUAAUACUAAUUAGUCAAUAACAUGAUGGAAAGAACAAAACUUUUUACAUAUUGUCUCGUAGUAAAUAUGGUCCACAUAUUUCUUUAUUGAUCUAGGUAAGAACCAAGUUUUUAUAAUGAAUGGAAAAUGGACAGGAACUUCUUUAACAAUAGACUCUUGUUCAAAAAUAUAACAAUAUCUUUUUAAGUAAUUAAUUUUUUUCUCAGCCAGAUAAUGUUAGUAAGCCAAAACACUACAGGACGUAUACUUCGAAGUACCCUCUACAAAUUCGGAACAUUAGAGAAAAAUUUAAAUGGGGGGAAGAACCAAAAUCUCUAAGAGAUACUUCAAAC